CAGGGCAGAUCUGAGAGUUAAGGAGAUUCGGUCCCUACCGGCCUGUGGGAGAGAAGAAAAGAGAAGGGGCAAGGAAGGCCACGACAGAGCAAGGCAGAAGCUGCUGGUUGGGCCCAUGAUGAAAACACUCGUUCUUUUGCUGCUGGUGCUCCUGGACUUGGGACUGACUCAAAAAACACUCCACAGGGUGCCCCUCAGGAGGCAUCCGUCCCUCCGGAAGAAGCUGCGGGCACGGGGCCAGCUCUCCGAGUUCUGGAAAUCCCAGAAUUUGGACAUGAUCCAGUACACCGAGGCCUGCACGAUGAGCCAGGGUGCCAACGAGCCCCUCAUCAACUACAUGGAUACAGAAUACUUUGGCUCCAUCUCCAUUGGCUCUCCACCGCAGAACUUCACCGUCAUCUUUGACACUGGCUCCUCCAACCUCUGGGUCCCUUCUGUGUACUGCACGAGCCCAGCCUGCAAGACACAUGCCAGGUUCUACCCUUCCCAGUCCAACACAUACAGCGCGCUGGGGAAUCAUUUCUCCAUUCAGUAUGGGACUGGGAGCUUGUCUGGAAUCAUUGGAACCGACCAAGUCUAUGUGGAAGGAUUGCUUGUGGUCGGCCAGCAAUUUGGAGAGAGUGUCACGGAGCCUGGCCAGACCUUUGUGAACGCAGAGUUUGAUGGAAUUCUGGGCCUGGGAUACCCCUCCUUGGCUGUGGGAGGGGUGACCCCGGUGUUCGACAACAUGAUGGCACAGAACCUGGUGGACAUACCCAUGUUUUCUGUGUACAUGAGCAGUGACCCAGAAAGUGGUGUGGGGAGUGAGCUGAUUUUCGGAGGCUAUGACCAUUCCCAUUUCUCUGGGAAUCUGAACUGGGUCCCGGUCACCAAGCAAGGCUACUGGCAGAUUGCACUGGAUGUUAUGCUGUGGAGUGUGCCAACCUCAACGUCAUGCCGGAUGUCACCUUCAUCAUCAACGGAGUCUCCUACACCCUCCAACCGACUGCCUACACCCUGCUGGACUUUGUGGAUGGAAUGGAGUUUUGCAGCAGUGGCUUUCAAGGUCUUGACAUCCAGCCCCCAGCUGGGCCCCUCUGGAUCCUGGGUGAUGUCUUCAUUAGACAGUUUUAUUCAGUCUUUGAUCGUGGGAAUAACCGUGUUGGGCUGGCCCCGGCAGUCCCCUAAGGAGUGGCCUUGCCCAUGUGUCUGCCUGCUUGCUUGCCUGAUGCCCUUUAGAAAUUCAGCUGUGCCUGGGAGGUUGGGGCAUUCUUCACAGCUGUCAGAAAGUCACUGCAAUUGUUCCAAAGCCGCAACUUGAAUUGGGACCAAAUAGAGCAUGAGAACAUACACACCCACUCACACGCUUCACACAUUUCACACACACCCACGUCCACACCUCCUCCACCACCAUCAUGAUGGAAGAAUUAAGUGGCAUGCCCAUACUUUGUAUUGCUUUUUGCUAACAUUUUCUUUUGGAAAUCUCCAAACAUGUACCCAAACAGAGAUGAUAACACAAUAAAUCCCUGUGGACCCCAGCCACUUUUCAUAACCCACCAGCACGUAGCCAGGCCUGUUGUAUCUGGAGCGCCUCUCCUCCUCUCUCCAGCCCAUACACCUGCAUUAUUCUGAGGCAACUUCUUGGUAUCAUAUCGUAAAUCAUCACUGCAACGUUUCACCCAUAAAUCCUUCUACUAUUCUUAAAUACGCAAUCAGUGUUCAAAUGUUGUCUAUUGUCUAGGAAAUGUUGGGUCAUUUUCAUGGCUGACUUGUCUGUAUCAGGAUGCAAAUAAAGUUCACCAACGGCAUUUAUUUGAACUCUGUGUCUCUUUCCA